AUGGACAACUCACUUAAUUUUGACUGGCUAAACACUGAUGGAACAAUGAUGAGCACUUUGCUUGGUUUGAACCAGAUGCCUGAUGGUUCUCCUCAAAAGGAACAAGCUACAACAUCGCCUCAACAACACAUCACACCCUCAUUCGAACCUAGUAUGUCGAUGGUCCAGAACGAUGAUAACUUUUUGACCAUUUCAACUGCUGCAUCUAUUUCAAAGCCAAUGUCUAAAAAAAAGUUUAAGGAACCCAUCUUUGUGACUGAGUUGCCCCAAAAUGCCUACAACAGUAAAAAAAAGAAAAAGUCAGACUCAAGUAGUGACUCAGAGGAUGAAGGACUGGGCGGUUCAUACAAGGCAAUGACCUCCAAGGAACGACGUCAGCUGAGAAACAAAAUUUCAGCGCGUAACUUUCGUGUUAGACGAAAAGAAUACAUUACACAAUUGGAACAAAAGGUUGAAUGCCAGGAAAAAACAAUUGAAUCAUUAAAGGAAGAGAAUGAAAAACUUCGUAAAGCAAAUGAUGAACUCAUGCAACAGUUAUUAUCACAACCUAUCACACAACCUUCUUCUUCAGGCUUAACAAGUGAUGAUUCAACUACAAGUGCUUCCGAAGGACAGUCGUCACCAGAGCCCUUAUCUUCCAUGCCAUUUCAAUUCCCAUUGGAUGAACUUUAUGAUUUCAGCCUCUUUGAUCAGGUUGACCAGCAGUCUCCACAGUAUAGUCAACAACAACAACAACAAUUAUCUCAGCCAAAUGCUCCCUUCUCUCUUGAACAAUUCAGCUCGUUUUAUCUGCAUCACGUUGCUACACCUGACGUCAAUAUCGGUAACAUCUUGAAUGAAAAGUUUAAGGAUGGCAUGACUCAAGAGGAACGCAGAACGGCUGCGAGUGAACUUUUAUCUGAAUAUCCCUUAUUGGGUGCUGCUCUCAUGUCUAUUAUUCUUCGUCAUACCAUGACGCUCGAGUAUGUCACGUCCAUUGCCAGCGAAUAUUCUGGAACGCUCGUACAAACAACAGACAGAUUAAAAGAACAAGAGACACCGAUUGACAGUAAAAGGGAGAAUACCAAGCAUAUCGAAUAUACUCCAGAAGAGAUUGACGAGUAUGAUCCUCGUUUAGUGACAGACGAAGAAUUGCUCGAAUAUAUCUUGUGUUAUCACCUUUCUCAUUAUGUGUUUAUGCGUACCAAAGGCCUGACCCAUCAAGAAACCAUGAAACGCUGGAGAAAAUGCUUCGAUGAGAGAAAAAGCUGUAUGGAUGACUUUUGGGUAAAGAUGCGUGGCAAAGAAAAGAAGAAGUCUUCUGGUUCCAAGUAUAUGAAUGGUUCCCUUCGAACACUCCAAACUUACUGCAAGGUCGCAGGCGCUGUAUUGAAAAACCCUCAACGUAUGACUCAAAUCCAUAACGUGCUAAAAGAAAAUAUCCGAUUUACAGAUAAUGAACACACACGACAUGCUGAAAGACGUUAUGCUUCCUUGAUUGGCCCAUUCAAGAAUCUUCGUAUCAGUUCAAACUAA